AAGUUGUCUUUCGGGUUGGCCAAUGAAUUCACGCCUCGCGCACAAUGUCUCGCGACAAAGGCGUUUCACUAGCUUGUCUGGGCGCGUUGGGCGGCGUCCGGGUAUAAAAGACUCCGCCCGAGCAGGCAGCCGCCAUUCUGGGGUUCGUUUAGAGGUUUGAAUUUUCUCGGAGAAAGAAAGGCCGGCUACGAGGAAAAAAGCCGCAGCAACAUCUAAGCCCUUGAAAGGAUCCUGAGAGGGGGGAAAGGGAAAACAGCAGCCACCAGCCCAACCACUUGUGUCUUCUGCCCCUUCCCACCUAUCUUGCCCACCCCACCAGCCCACGCUGCAUGGGACUUGAAAUCUGUGGCCGAAGGACCGUCACCACAUAACUUCAAAAAUAAUCAACCACCCACCCUUCCCAAAUCCACCCAAAUUCACGUAUCCAGCGUUUACUUUUUUUAAUCCACUCAGAACUUUUUUCUACGACCCCCCCCCCUCCCUAAAUGGAGUUGGGUGGGGGGAAAAUGAAUACUGAGUUGGCCUUCAUUUUUUUAAGAGACUUUUUGAUCCAAUGAGGCCCCCUAAAUAAUUGAGUUUUGGGUCCUGGUUGGUUGUUUUAUUUUUUUUCUCCAAAAUUUGAGCCCCCUCCCCCCCUGAGCCCGAGGUGCUGACGUCGCAAAAAAAUUGGAUAAGAGCUUCCCUCAAGUCUCUUGAGGGAAAGGUUGUUACCAAGUUUUCUAUCACCUGCCAUUUUAGCUGAUUGUCUCCAGGUGCAAGCAGAGCAUAUCCUGCCAUUUGAGAAACCUCAAUCAUGGGUUCAGGUCCCAUAGAUCCCAAAGAGCUUCUCAAGGGCCUGGAUAGCUUCCUUAACCGAGAUGGGGAAGUCAAGAGUGUGGAUGGCAUUUCCAAGAUCUUCAGCCUGAUGAAGGAAGCACGAAAGAUGGUGAGUCGAUGCACUUACUUGAACAUUCUCCUGCAGACCCAGUCACCAGAAAUACUGGUCAAGUUUAUUGAUGUUGGUGGCUACAAGCUUCUUAACAAUUGGCUGACCUAUUCAAAGACAACCAACAACAUUCCCCUCUUGCAGCAAAUUCUGCUGACCCUGCAGCACCUACCGCUCACUGUGGACCAUCUCAAGCAGAACAACACGGCCAAGCUGGUGAAGCAACUGAGCAAGUCAAGUGAGGAUGAAGAGCUCCGGAAAUUGGCUUCAGUCCUUGUCAGUGACUGGAUGGCUGUUAUCCGCUCCCAGAGCAGUACCCAGCCUGCUGAGAAAGAUAAGAAAAAACGUAAAGAAGAGGGGAAGAGUCGAACCACCCCUCCCGAGCGACCCUUAACUGAGGUGAAGGCUGAGACCCGGGCUGAGGAGGCCCCAGAGAAAAAGAAGGAGAAGCCGAAGUCUCUCCGGACCACAGCACCCAGUCAUGCCAAGUUCCGUUCCACUGGACUAGAGCUGGAGACCCCAUCUUUGGUGCCUGUGAAGAAGAAUGCCAGUGCAGUGGUAGUUUCUGACAAGUACAACCUUAAACCCAUUCCCCUCAAGCGUCAGAGCACCACAGUUGCUCAAGGAGAUGCUGCUCCCCUUGCAGAGAAGAAAUACAAGCCACUGAACACCACACCGAAUGCCACCAAAGAGAUCAAAGUGAAGAUCAUCCCACCACAGCCUAUGGAGGGCCUGGGCUUUCUGGAUGCCCUGAAUUCAGCCCCUGUUCCAGGUAUCAAAAUUAAGAAGAAGAAAAAGGUGCUGUCACCUACAGCUGCCAAGCCAAGCCCAUUUGAAGGGAAAACGAGCACAGAACCAAGCACAGCCAAACCUUCUUCCCCAGAACCAGCACCUCCAUGUGAGCCUAUGGACACAGACCGCCCAGGAACCCCAGUUCCCCCUGUUGAAGUUCCAGAGCUCAUGGAUACAGCUUCUUUGGAGCCAGGAGCACCGGAUGCAAAGCCAGUGGAAAGUCCUGGAGAUCCUAGUCAGCUGACCCGGAAAGGCAGGAAGAGGAAGACUGUGACAUGGCCUGAGGAGGGCAAACUGAGAGAAUAUUUCUAUUUUGAACUGGAUGAAACUGAACGAGUAAAUGUGAAUAAGAUCAAGGACUUUGGUGAGGCAGCUAAGCGAGAGAUCCUAUCAGACCGACAUGCAUUUGAGACAGCCCGCCGUCUAAGCCAUGACAAUAUGGAAGAGAAGGUGCCCUGGGUGUGCCCACGACCCCUAGUUCUGCCCUCACCUCUUGUCACCCCUGGAAGCAAUAGCCAGGAGCGAUAUAUCCAGGCUGAGAGGGAGAAAGGAAUCCUUCAGGAGCUCUUCCUGAACAAGGAAAGUCCUCAUGAGCCUGAUCCUGAGCCCUAUGAACCUGUACCCCCAAAGCUCAUCCCCCUAGAUGAGGAGUGUUCUAUGGAUGAGACCCCAUAUAUUGAGACCCUGGAGCCUGGCGGAGCUGGUGGCUCACCUGAUGGGGCAGGUGGCUCCAAGUUGCCUCCUGUCCUGGCCAAUCUCAUGGGAAGCAUGGGUGCUGGGAAGAGCCCCCAGGGUCCUGGAGGAGGGGGCAUCAAUGUCCAAGAGAUCCUUACCUCCAUCAUGGGCAGCCCAAAUAGUCAUCCCUCAGAGGAACUGCUAAAGCAACCGGACUAUUCAGACAAGAUCAAGCAGAUGCUGGUGCCACAUGGACUAUUAGGCCCUGGUCCAAUAGCCAAUGGUUUCCCACCAGGAGGUCCUGGUGGCCCCAAGGCCAUGCAGCACUUCCCCCCUGGACCUGGGGGGCCUAUGCCAGGUCCUCAUGGAGGCCCUGGAGGGCCAGUGGGUCCACGUCUCUUGGGGCCCCCACCCCCUCCACGAGGGGGUGAUCCCUUCUGGGAUGGCCCAGGUGACCCCAUGCGGGGUGGCCCAAUGCGGGGAGGUCCAGGACCAGGCCCUGGACCAUACCAUAGAGGCCGUGGUGGCCGAGGAGGAAAUGAACCUCCUCCUCCUCCUCCCUUCCGAGGGGCCAGAGGAGGUCGCUCUGGAGGAGGACCCCCAAAUGGAAGAGGAGGACCUGGUGGGGGCAUGGUUGGAGGUGGUGGGCAUCGUCCUCAUGAAGGCCCAGGUGGGGGUAUGAGCAGCAGCAGUGGCCAUCGUUCCCAUGAAGGCCCUGGGAGUGGCAUGGGUGGUGGGCAUCGCCCCCAUGAAGGCCCUGGUGGUAGCAUGGGUGGAGGUGGGGGACAUCGCCCCCAUGAAGGCCCUGGCAGUGGCAUGGGCGGAGGCAGUGGACAUCGCCCCCAUGAAGGCCCUGGUGGGAGCAUGGGUGGAAGUGGUGGACAUCGCCCCCAUGAAGGCCCUGGACAUGGAGGGCCCCAUGGCCACCGGCCUCAUGAUGUCCCUGGUCACCGAGGCCAUGACCAUCGAGGGCCACCACCUCAUGAGCACCGUGGUCAUGAUGGCCCUGGCCAUGGAGGAGGGGGCCACCGAGGGCAUGAUGGAGGUCACAGCCAUGGAGGAGACAUGUCAAACCGCCCUGUUUGCCGACAUUUCAUGAUGAAGGGCAACUGCCGCUAUGAGAACAACUGUGCCUUCUACCACCCGGGUGUCAACGGGCCCCCCUUGCCCUAGGGACCACCUCCUCUGCCCCACCCACACACACCCCUGUGGACUGCAGCCUUGCUCCUUCUACCCUGUUAUGGCUUCUGUGAGGCCCACUUUUCCCCUUUCCCCUGCUGAUGAGGAGCCGGCCCCCUCAGUUCCCACCUGCUUGGGUUUCUGGGGGUUUUCUGAUCACUGGUGCGUAUUGAUGUACAUAUUUUCCUCCUGUCUGGGGAGGAGAGACUGGAUACAUUCUGUACCCUGGACUGAAGAGAAGACCCAGUUGACUUCAUUUUUGGAGAUUCGCCCUAUAACCCCAAAUCCCUUUCCAGUAUUGCCCUUAAAGCCUGAGAACCUAAAGCUGGUUAUCCUGGAGAACACCUCUACUCUCCUAUUGUGGGUCCUCCACAUGCACAUAGAACUGACAUGGGAUCAGCUGCACUUACAAAAUCAUCCCAGCCAAGUUCAUUAUUCUUCAUGGGGUGGGGAGAUGGUAAAAGGGGUAUUAUA